CUACUGAUCACACUGAGCGUCUAAUUCUGUGAGGCUACACCACCAUCUAGAGGUGAAUUCAGGCAAUGUCCCGUUUUGAAGACAGAUUCAACAUGGCUGCUCCCUUGUCGACGUUUUUAGGAUUACUGUCUGUAGCUGCAAACCAUGAGGAAGUUCAGCCACCAUGGAUGUAAAAGAAAUAGUCCACUGUGCUCUGCAGAUAGAGAAAUGCUGUGCAGACAGAAGCUAUGGGAACAUCUUGACCCUCCUCAGUGACCUUGAUAAGUUGCACGUCACAGCAGAGCAGCUAGAAGCGACGGACGUUGUUAAAGUUCUUUACAGGCUCCUGAAGACCUGCUCUGAUGACGGCGUGAAGAAAACCGCAAAGAGCUUGUUGUCCAAGUGGAAGAGACAGUACAGCAAAGAUACACAGGGUGUGAAAUGCACAGAGGAAAGCAAGGAUCCUAAGCUGAGUUGGGUCUCUGUACCAGACAAGGCUGGGGAUGGAGGAGUAUCCAGGCAGGGGGAUUCCCACUCUGGUUCAGCACAGACAUGUGACAGUAAGGUGAAGUGUGUGAAGUGUGCAGAUGAAGAAGCAUCCUCCUCAUGUGCAAAAGAUGAGCUCCAGACUUUGUCUGUCACUGCAGAGAGCGCCUCUGCAUCCUGUAGUUUCUCAUCUGUAAGAUCCAAAUGUGUUCAGCUCCUUCUUACUGCUCUCAUCCCUGAACUUUCUGAUAAAGACAAGGCUGCAGAGCUGGCAAGAGACAUUGAGGAGCAAAUCCAUGAGCUCCACAAGUCCAGCCAGGUCAAAUUCAAAGCCUGUGUGAGGAGCAAGGUGGCCAACUUGAGGAAUCCUAAAAACAAACAUCUUCGUCAGGGCCUCCUGAGCGGCUUGCUGUCACCUGAGGCCUUUGCACGGAUGUCAGCAGAGGAGAUGGCCAGCGCAGAGCUCCGGCAGCUGAGGAAGGAGUACUCAUCUCGUGGUGUGAGCGAGAGGCAGCUUCCUGAAGGGGUAGAAGGGACCCAGACGCAGAAGAUCCGCUGCAAGAGAUGUGGGGGAUCAGACUGUAGGGUGACUCAGGUGUCCAGGGGGGCCCUUUUCUUGCCUGCGUGGGUGAGGCAGGGCGGCCCUGAUGAGGACGCAUUGACUUUUGUGACCUGCAGCACUUGCGGGCAGCAAUGGUACCACAGCGGCUGGGUUUGCCUCUAAAUUCGGUUUAUCGCUCGGUCUAAAAAAUGCCAAUAAAAUGGUGAAAAAAGCACUCACGUUUACAAAUCCAUAUUGCUUUUAUAGCUAAAACUGUUAGUCGAUUAAUCAAUCUGCAAUAUUUUUGAUAAUAAAUUAAUCGUUUAAGUAAUUUUCCAAGCAAAAAUUACAAAUAUUGACUUGUUCCAGCUUCUCAUAUUAGAAUAUUUGUUUGUUUUCUUUCUUUUUUGAUACAAAACAGAAUCAGUUUGGAUUUCGGACUGCCAGUCGGACAAAACAAGACAUGUAAAGGCGUCAAAUUGCAUUCUGGGAAACUGUCAGGAGCAGUUUUUUGCAUUUAAGUGACCAAACAUGUGAAUGUUUAAUUGAGGAAAUUAUCAACAGAUUAAUCAGUAAUUAAAAUAUUUGAAGGCAGUCUGACUUUUUAUUUUUGUUUUCUGAUGCCAGAUUUAUAAUAGAAGGAUUAAAUUGUUACAAAUGAUGGAUUGGAUUAGAGGGUCAUUUGUCGUAUUUUCUCGAUUAAUUGAUUAAUCAUUUGGUCUAUAAAAUGUCAAAAAUGGUAGAAAAAAAUGCCAAUCACAAUUUCCCAGUGCCCAAGUUGACAUAUUCAUAUUGCUUGGUGUGUUCCAGCAACUGUCCAUAUCCCAUGAAUAAAUAAUAAAACGGUUUACUGUCAUAGAAUACAACAAUAAACCAACAAAUAUUCACUUUUAAGCUGAAGCCUGUCAAUUUUUGGCAUUUUGGCCUAAUAAAAUUCCAAAAUGCCGGUGGAGUAAAAAUCA